CUUCUCGAGAGACUUCGACAAAGUUCUCUGCUUGCGAGCAGAUCGCUCGAAAUACGAUCUCCUCAUGUGCUGACUGUAUAGAAGCCCUGCGCUGUCAAGGUCCCGCACCAGCAUUUGCUUCCUCCUGCGGAUUCACGAUCCUAUCCUUCGUCGCUCGUCCACCUCCCUAUCACUGUUCGCAUCAGAAACCUCUUGACUGGUCAAGCGAACUUCGAGACGUGUUCAAGCCUUCUUUGCUGACGCUGAACAACUUCUCGAGCUGCUCCCGUCCGUCCAACCUCUCGUGAAUGGCCGUAGUGCAGCCGGGUCAAGCACACGGUUGGUUCGUCCCGGCCUCACCAUCGCCCUCUUUGGAAUCAUCAUCAUCAUGGCUCUCCCACUUGACUGCAGCCUCCUCUACUAAACCAUCAGAAGGGAAGGCGAUGGCAAAUCGCAGACCCGCCGCGGCUAGGGAUGAAGGCACUCGAGCUGGGAGUGGCAGUAGUAGAGUGGCAUUGGUGACAGAAACGGGAGGAAAGACGUCGCAAGGAGCUUUGAUCAGUCCUGAAGGCGGACGGGACGUGGUUCAUGUGGUGUCGAACAAAUCCACAUUCACGGCCAGCUGCGGCAGUGUGGAGCAGCACGCUCAGAGAGCUGGAGUGACGCAAUCGGAGACCAUGAACGAGCUGUGGGAGGAUUGCAGGUCGGAUUUUGGUGAAAUAAAACGAGUUUUCCGGCGCUUCGAUGAGGAUCAGGAUAACUUCAUAUGUGCGGCAGAUCUUCAGCGGUUCAUGGGGAGGUUAGGAUUCGACAUCUCAGCGGACGAGGCGGUGGAUAUGCUCCAGACCGUGGACAAGAACGGCGAUGGUAAAGUGGAAUUUGACGAGUUCUGUUUGCUGUACCGGAAGCUGGACGAUGGCCAUUCGGCAUCAUGCUCGAGACUGCAAGAGCUGGUUGAUGAGGAGGACGACAUCCUGCAAGAGGCUUUCAGAGUCUUCGACAAGAACGGAGAUGGCUUCAUCACUGCGGACGAGCUGCAAGCAGUCCUCCUUGAUCUCGGAAUGCCCGAGGGAAAGAGCCUCGAGAACUGCGAAAGAAUGAUUUAGGGCGUGGAUGCUGAUGGAAAUGGGGAAAUCGACCUCGCUGAAUUCAAACGAAUGAUGAGAUCGAAUUUCUUCCGCGACUAACUUCCAUUGUCGUCCUCAACGAGCAAGUGAGCUCUACUCCACUUCGGAGGUACAUUUUAACAUACGAUAGAACGCUUUGCUUCUAGGAACGUUUUUUAGGUAUGGAAGUAAAAUCUUUGCAGAAAAGCAAAACUAGGAAUUACGAUCAGGUUCGGGCACAUUCGGCAAUUACGGAGUGUUCUGAACUCCUGAGGCAGAAGAUUCUAGCAUAAAUCACUGCCCAGUUCUAGUGAGGUAGGAUAAAAUAUUCUUAGCUUUUAUGAAGGAACCGAAAGAUCUUCGCAGCCUUUUUUAUGGCAUGGAGACAGAGUGAUAUGUACAUGCUUGUAUCAUAAAUGCAAAUGAAGCAAUCAAUUUUCCGAUC